AAAAACAACCAUAUAUACUCACAGCUAACAAUUUCAAAGUUGCUAGGAACAGUAUAUUUCAGCCAUCAAAUGCCUGGUAAACAGGAAAGUUGUUUAAUGCCUCCUGGAAGUUGAUAAUGAGGGAAAUAAAUGCAGCUCAUUCUACAACUGGGGAACCAUUAAUGGGGAAACACCACACACACACCCUCCUCAGUAGCCUGAGUCACUUUCUUCCUUUUGAAUACUUGUGUGGCUUGCAGAAGUGCCCUACUUUGCACUUUAAUCACCAAGCUAAGAGUGAAGUGCCCCACCUGUUUUUGCUGCAGUAUCCCAACAUACCUACCUUCAAGCCGAUCUACCUGCAAGUAAGCAUCUCAGCUAGUGGUUUCAUGUAGUAAACUGGUACAUAUACUUGAAAACACAUCUGUUCCACUCACAAAUAAUUCACCCAAGUGGGAAUUCCCUAGAGAAAGCAUUCCACUCUUUGGUCUUUUAAGUAUGUUUGGGAGCUGUAUUCUCCUAUUUUAAUGUUACUGUGUUAAUAUUUCUUAAACUGCAUUAAUAAUAUUAUUAAACUGUAGUUUAAAAUGCUAUAUUAUGCUUCUGUUACGUACAUUUGGUAAUUUAAAAAAUGAAAACUUGCUUAUGAAUCACAAAAGAGUGAUUUACAAAUCAUGAAAGAAACUGGGCCAAAGGAAGCUGCUGAAUGAGCUUUUCUAAAAAAGAAAAGAAAAAGGGUGUAACUGGCUGUGGUUUAUCAUCCAGCCAUCCUGCAAGUCAUCCAAACAUGAAAAUUAGUCAUAGCUGACUGACUCGUGGUCUGGUUCCCAAUGAAGUCUCCUGUGCAGCAUAAUUGACAGUAGCUUCAUUUGGAUCACUGCGGGCUGCAUUCUAUUCUGUGUAGAAUAUCUUAAAAUGGAUGAUUUUGGUUCCUUGUUAAUGUAGUUUUUUGUUGCCCUAAAACAAAAACAAAAUCACAAUUGACCCUCAACUACCUUUUCAGCAAUUCAUAUUUUCACCACCAGCUGGCUCUAAGAGAGGUUGCAAAACAUUUUGGUUCCCAUAGGAACCGCUGAUUGACAGAGAUAUUCUUUCCUGAUUACUCAUUCCUCCACUCCUGAGUCAGAUUACAAACAAGUUUAUAGAUUAGAAGCUUUGGUCACCCAGUUCUAACAAUUACAACACUUGUCAGGCCACUUCAUGUCAGCAGUACACACAGACAUUUUACACCCACAGCAACAACAUAUUGGGCUGAAUUUAUCCAUGCUGCAACUCCAGUAAAAUCCAUACUAUCACAAUAGCUGAUAAAACCUGAUAUAGCACAAUGGGAUUACGGUAAUUACCGUAACUGAAGUACUUUAUGAAGAGGAAUGUGCACUUAGAGCCACAGUCCUAUGCACAUUUACCUGGGAGGAUGCUUGGCGAGUUGCAUGUCAGAUUUAAAGACGUGCAUUGGCAGCCACUGUCUUAUCGCUUCCUUAUCAAGAGAUGCUGAAAAAUGUGAAUGAGGAGAUCCACAGCCUUUGAUCCAGUUACCUUUAUGUUCAGUGGGAGCCUCACCCACAAAGAUACACAGUAUGGGGGAGACACGUAAACACGUUGGGAAGAAAUAAAUCUAGGCUCCUCAAGAAAUGACGCAUUUUAAAUAAAGCACAGCUUUAUGACAAACACACCCAUUGUUCACAGACUUGUUAUAAAAAUGAGAUAGUCUGACUCAUUGCAAUGUUGGUCCCUCAAGCACACCACACGAUUAGCAACCAUGAACAGAAGCCCCAGAAUAAAACAAAAGUUCGGUUGUUUUCAAUGUUCUAGGUCUGAAUUGGGCUGACAUUGUAUGUGAAACUUAGAUCCCAGUCCAGCCCCCCUACUACUUUUUAAAAGGACAUUUGGCAACAUUUAUUAGAGGAGUUAUAAUUCAUAUUAUAGAUUCAGGUAGGUAGCUGUGUUGGUCUGACGCAGUCAAAAAAUAAUAAUACAGUAUUGUCCAGUAGCACCUUAGAGACCAACUAAGUUUGUUCUGGUAUAAGCUUUUGUGUGCAUGCACUCUUCUUCAGAUACCAAUUAAUAUUAUGUUUAUUUAUAUCCCACCUUUUUCCCUGACGGUCUCAAAGUGGCUUACAGCUAAAAAAAGAGACAUUAAAAACAAUUAAGCAUUAAUAAGACAUGUGAGAUCUAUUAAAGCAUAGCACCUUUUGUUAAGAAAAAUGUUAGCAGUGUUUAGGCUUAGUGCCUCUGAGCACGUGCAGAGUUCUUCCAAAGAAAGGACUUUCAAAGCGUCUCACUGAACAUGUGCAAAAUGGCUUUUGAAAUGCUUCCUUGCCUGUCCAGUGACGGCAAAAUCUUGCACCUUUCACCUUCUGUUUGGAGGCUGCAGGCUGGGAAUAGGGACCUGAAACGGAGAGGGCCAUAAAAUCAACCUUGGAGCAAUCGAAGAAAAACUGGAGCUACAAACAUAUGCCUGGACAGACGCCCAACACAUUUAUGAGCUUUCAUGGCGCAAUCCCCCAGGACGUUUGCCAGGAGGGAAAGCCUACAGAUUACAGCAGGAUUUUCUUCGGAGUAAACGUUUGGGAGUUAAAACUCCAAAAGGCGAAACAGGAAUCCCCGCUGGGCGCGUCAGCGCAGAAGCAGGCCCUACCGAGUUAAAGCCUAACCCGUUCAGGGACUGCAACAAACUUGUGCAAGCGGCACCAGAGAAACCGGUUACUCCUGGGGCAGCCGGACGCGUUUCUUGGGCGGGCGGGCGGGCGCGCAGGUGGCGUGACGGGGCCGCAGCUCCGCCUCACAGGAAAAGGCGGCCAACUUGGGCUGGGCCUAAGGCGGAGCUGAGGCGACGCCGACCGCUUCGGUUGGCGGCGGGCGAAGCGGCUUUCCGACAUCACCUCAGAUCUCAGCGCCGCCCCUCGCGGAGGAGGAGGAGGAGAAGGGACGGAGGAAGGGGAGGGACCGCUGAGCCUUCCGUCUCUGAAGCACCUCAGUCGCAGUUCCCGCCUUGACUACGUUGGCCGCCCAGCGACUUCGCAGGUUGCCGGAGCCCCACAGCUAAUCGAGCGGGAGGCUCCUCGGGGAAUGGGGAGCCGCGCUGGGCCAGGCGGCCAAGGCGGCUGCUGCGGGCUGUGCGGCCUCAGGGUCGCCGUCGCCGCCUUCUUGCUGGCGCUUCUGCCCGGCCGGGUGAGUGGAGAGGGUGCCUCCAGGGAGGAGGAGUAUAAAGCUGGCGUGGGGCUGGGGUGUUUGUGGGGGGUGGUGGUGGGUACAUUUUGGGGUAGAGGAAGACCACUCACAGACUUGUCUAAAGGUCCCUGACUGUGUAAUGAGAAAAGGGUUUUUGGGGGGGGGGGUUCGAGGUGAAUUCUUGGGGGUUUGGUGGGUUAGCAGCAUUAGUAAGAAAAUAUACCCCGGGGUGGAGGUGGGUAGGGAGAGACUCUUUGGGGUGCAGUUCUGGGCAAAAUGCUGUUUUACUCGAAAGUAACUCCUGUUGAGUUUUGUGGGACUUGCUUCCAGAUCCGUCUGGGUAAGACUUCUGCUUUAACAGCAGCUGGCCCAGGUAUCUGUUCAGCUUCAGAUAGUUCUGGUUAAGAGUUCUGCUUCGCUGGCAUGGAGGAGCAAAGGGAUGCGGUAGGUCACGAGAACUUUAAAAUUAGGACGGGCAGUCAGUCGUUGCUGUCUCUAUGGCAAGCGCUUUAAUUGUAAAAGGAAGCGUACAUCUUCAGAGCCGGGUCAAGGGCGGGGAACUUGCAGCCUUCAAACAUUGCCAGCCCAUAAACUCUCCUGAUCUAUGCCGGCUGGAGCUGUGGGGGGUGGGCAAGGACAUCUUGAGGAGUACAGAUUACCUCCCCCGCUCCGCCCAGUGUAAGGCAAUUUCCAUCCUUCCUUGGGAAGUGCUUGAGCCUGUUGUAGAGAGCAAAUUGGUGUAUUAUAGAUUGCAGGCCCUUGUUUCAGGUCUUAUUUAUCUUGCACCAGUGGUAUGUGUGGCACUUCACAGUGUAAAAGAGGGCAGGCUUUUAGAGCUUGCAAUCUAAACUUUGAUGCAAGGUAAGUGGUGGCAUCACAUAGGCAUUCUGGGAGGCAGUUCCAAGCAUAUAGGGGAGCAAAGGAGGGAGACUGGAGUGAGCCUAUUCUGCUGUAAGAAUGUUGACAAACCCACAGGUAGUUUUAGGGGAGCACAUUGAGUGCAAAGCCUCCGGGGAGCCACCAGGGGCGUGGCAACUAGAAUGGAGCGGGAGAGGCAGAAGGGCACCAAAUUUGGGCAUAGCACAGGGUGUCAAAUUUGAGACCCCAGGAUCCACCACGGUAAAAUAGCAAAAUCCAGCUGUUAAAAAAAAAAUUCAGUGAUGAGAAGUCUGUUUUGUCAUGAAAAGAGUGGUAAAUCAUUUUGUAGUUGAAAAAAUGGCUGGGUGAAAGCAGCAUAAAUGACUAAUUGUCUGAAUACUGUAGUAGCGUUAUUGUGCAAGCAAGACUGAGAAAUCACCUGGGUCAGGUAAUUUGCCAGACAUUAUUAUUCAAGCAACUAGGUGACAUUCAUAAUAUUGCAACAAAUGGCUUCUUACAGUUCCAAUACUUACUUGUAAACCUGCUGUUAUUCAUAGAUGUAUUAAGUACUUCUAUCUUGCAUUCAAAACUUUUGUUGAUGCUACAAAUUUAAAAGCAAGUUGUGUGCUGCCAAAUAGAUGCAAAGCAGUAAAGUGAAGUUAGACAUCCAUAACCCAUUGUUUUGGCUGACUGGACUCCUCAGUGGUUGUUGAGUCCUAAGAAUCUCAUUUUCAGUUCCACUCCCCAAGGAAUCUAGGUCUUAUUAUUUAAAAUUGAAAGUCUGAGAAGCUCACAUUUAACACACCUGGCAGUGAUACAUUGUUUGGAUAUGAUCUGCAUUGACACAACGAAUGCAGAAGUACUCAGUGGACUUGUUUCGCAAGAGUUGUGCUAAGAGCAGUCACAGCUCUUCGUUGCUCUUCUCUUGGAUACCUGAUGAAUAUAGCACAGAUAACUUCCUGUAUUUUCUUUACUUUCUGAUGCUUAUUCCAAGUGACAUGAUAAACCUUUGUUGUGCCUAACAUAUUUUCUUUUGCUUCUUGGGUAAGACACUAACCAUCAAGAACGUAGACAUGGUUGAGCAUAUGUGUCAUUGAAUGCUGAAUGACAGACAUUGGAGUAAUAGAUGCAACUUCCAUAUUACUGUAUCUGCAUGCUGGUUAUUUCUACCAUUGUUGUACAGUGGUACCUUGGGUUACAGACGCUUCAGGUUACAGACUCUGCUAACCCAGAAAUAGUACCUUGGGUUAAGAACUUUGCUUCAGGAUGAGAACAGAAAUUGUGUUCCGGUGGCACGGCAGCCGCGGGAGGCCCCAUUAGCUAAAGUGGUGCUUCAGGUUAAGAACAGUUUCAGGUUAAGAACAGACCUCUGGAAUGAAUUAAGUACUUAACCCGAGGUACCACUGUAUUCCUAUCUGUCAUAUCUAAGAGGCACAGGAAACCAGAAGUAGAAAAGUGGCAACUCUACAGAAUAGCAGCUGGUUUCCUAUUGAUCAUUGCUCCUGUAGGCUUUGCUAGUGGUCUGCAUGGAAAGAAGAAGUGGAACUGGCUUGCGGCUACCCAUAGAGAUCAUAAUGAAUAUAAGCAGUUUCAACAAACUGUUCACAUGCCUUAGUGUUCCUUUGGAGUUGUGUAUGAGAGAUGUGAGAUUUACCAACUGCUACUGGGGCACAUUAUGUCAUUGAGACAGUACUUUGCCAUGUGUCCUUUAUCUUAUAAGAAAGAAUUAAGAUAUGCAUAUUUGGCCACCAUUAUCCUCCCCCUAUCCAAACUUUAUUGAAUUAUUUAAAAACAAUUACCAAGCAUAAAGUGUUUGACUUCCAGGAAAAAUACACUACAGUUGUUAAGCCUUGUAUGUAGUCACUCACAUGGCAUCAAAACAGACUGCUUGGAAAAUAUUAUACAUUAGAGACUAAGCUCAUAUCCACAGGGUAUGCUUCAUUCUAGGGUGUUAAGAUAAUUUCUCCAUAGUGGCCACCAUUAUAAAUGUGUGGAGUAUACAGUGUUUAGAAAUAGUGGUACCUGUAUUGAGCACAGCUUUUCCUUGUUCAUACUAGGUGCUUAAAUGGGUUGGGCCCCUUUCUGCAAAAUGAAGUAAAAGAGUGCACCGCUUCAAGUUGCAGAUGGAGAUCAUUUGGAAUGUUCCUCUGCCUUAAAAGAAGCUCCCUGCAAGUAUUAAGAUAUAACUUUUAUUCCUGGUGUGCUACUUUUCUACUAGCCGGGAGCGUUCACAUAGAAAAACAUUGCAAAAUGGUAGCUUUGAACAGCAUUCUGAAGUGGUGUAGUCAAUUCUACUGCCUUAUUUAUGUAUUUAUUACAUUUAUAUCCCACCUUUCCUUCAAGUUGCUCAAGAAAGCAUACAUAGUUCUCUCUUUAGCUGGGUGGUGUGCGGAGUGAGGAGGGAGUGGGGCUUCUGUCGAGUUUAGUGGGAGUAAGUUUAAUGUAUGCUUUAAGUUGGUAUAAUAUUGCACUACUGUUGGGAGGUGGGACUGGUAUCUGAUUAUGAUUUAGGAAAGGAAUGCUGUCAAGUAGAUGUGUGGGAAGCUGCUGUGUCUCUGUGUAUCCUAAAAUUAGAGGACUACAGUAUUGAAAUAUGUGAGCUGAAAGGGUGCUUUAACCUUUGAGAGUUCCUGCAGUGGCACUGUGCAGUGCUGUGUGAGCACCAAAAUGUGUGACAUUUUAAUUUAGGUAACCUCUGUGUAGGUAAAUUCCAUUUUAUGAGCCAUCUUCUUUUGGUAAAAAUUGGAUGGUUUUGCAUAAAUUCAAAAUUUAAAUUUAGGCAUUAAGCUGGUAUUAAGAGCCUAGUUCACUGUACACAUCAUGUGAAAUCCUAUUUAAGGAAUCUUAACUAGGGUAUGGUAUGAUGUCUGCAUAGAUAAAUUACAGAACAACAACCAUCUCUUGGUCUUUGGGUGCUACUGUGCAAUGAGGGAGAACCAACACUAGGUGUUCGAUUUCAUGGAAACUUUAAUUAUGAUUUGGAUUCUAAAUUCAGGUUAGCCAAAACCAUGAUAUGGUGUGAUGUCUGAAGUAGCUGUUUGGUGUGUUUGAAUAUUAUAGGAUCACAAUAGGAGAGUACAUUCUAUGGUUUGUAGUUAGAAAAAGCUUCAAUAGACUGGUUGGAAACUUGGCAGUGUGAAAGACGAUGGUCCAUGCUGAAUUUUGGGUAGAAAGGAUGAGAAAUGAUUUUGAAUGAUUUUUUUUUAAAAUGGUAUGAGACAUUGGUGUGCUGAUGGUGCUUUUAUUCUAUAGAUUUUGUUAUGGUGGUUUUUUUUGGGGGGAAUCUUCAUUUAUAUUUUGUAUUUUGGGAAAUGGUUUGUUGUGUUAGGUUAAGAGGAAUGUCUAGUAUGUGCUGUGAGUUGUGCAAUAUGUUUGUAGUUUGGUCACAAAAAGACCUUUUCAAAACUAUGUUAGUCAGUGGUAUUUCCUAAGGCGUUUGACUUCAUAUGCUCAAUACAAACCUAUUGUGAGAAAGUUUUAAGUGGAAUGUUGGGUGGAAUGAGAAUGAGUGUGGGCAGAGAGGGUCAGUUGGAAAAUGACAGCAUGGCUGUGCAAUGGGACAGAGAAGGAGCUGGGAGUGGAUGUGAGAUGUGAGGAGAUGUGGCGGGGGGGGGGGGAGUACUUCCAGACCAAUACUUCAUUUUCAAGAAUUUAUAAUUCAGGUAAGCCAAGAGGUUAGAAGUUAAGUGUGAAAGGAGAUGGUGGUGAGGAAGAAAUUUCAGGAAAUUUAUAAAAAUAGAAGCAUGGGGUUGUGGAAUAUCUCUAACAUUCACAGUGGCAAUCUCAUUAAAGAGGAGCCUGGUUAGGAGGAAAAGUUGGCAAUCCGUCUUACCUUAUUUCACUCAAUAAUUUAACCACUUAAUAGUCAUCAGAUGUUACAUUUGAAUUGUUGCCCUUCUGAAUGGUCUGAGAUAACUUAUUAAUGAUAUUUAUUAGUUUAUUUUUCUGUUUCAAUAGAAAAAAAAUUGUAGCCCUAGCCUCCUCAAAACUUAAUCAAAUAAACAAACCUUUUUAGUUUAAUAUGUUGUGUUAAAGCCUUUCCAUGUUCACUCAAAGUUGCAAAAUACUUGAAAAAUAAAGCUAAUAUAUGUUGUAUUUUGUGUGUAUGUUGUAUAUCGGGGUGGGUGGGUGAGCGCGCACGCGCACACACACACAAAAUAUAUAAAAAUACAGUGGUACCUCAGGUUACAUACGCUUCAGGUUACAUACGCUUCAGGUUACAGACUCCGCUAACCCAGAAAUAGUGCUUCAGGUUAAGUACUUUGCUUUAGGAUGAGAACAGAAAUCGUGCUCUGGUGGCGCAGCGGUAGCGGGAGGCCCCAUUAGCUAAAGUGGUGCUUCAGGUCAAGAAGGAAAGCUGCAACUGAGAACUAAAAAGGUUUCACAUUGGUAGCCUCCCUAUGAAUUUUAUGUGUCCUCAAUCUAACAGAUGUGCACAGUAAUUUGUGGCAGUUUCUCUUAAUAUAAACCACUUAAAAGUAGAUGUAUGUGAAUGGAACUUAAGGAAAAAAUCUCACAUAGUUUUCAUUCAUGCAUCUUGGUAUUACUAAUAAUGAAAGCAUAGAUCCAUAGAUUACAUCCAUACAUCCAUAUGCAUUACAUCCAUAGAUGUAAUGCUCCAAAAUUGAGUGUAGGCAUUUUUGCAUAUGGUUCAAAUGGGUUUAGAUAAAUCUCAGUGUUUCAUAGGGUGAUAGUUAAAUCACAGCAACAAAUAUGAGAGAAUAAUGUUUUUGAUUUUAUCAUUAAUUCAAGUCUGCAGUAGCUGAAACGUUUCCAAGAAUACUUGCAAAGAGAAACAUUGUAGUCCUAAACAAUAGUGCCUCAGUUCUUGUCAAAAAGGCAAAUGAUUUAUAAAAAGAAGCUGGUGUUUUUCUGGUAUACAUGAGAGACUUUUGUGUAAUUGUUUCUUAUACAUGUUCAAUUUGAGGAGGGAAGAGAUGACAGAUACAAUUUUAUGUGCUUUGAGGGUUUUUAAAGACAUAAUUUAAUUAUAAUGAAUUGUUAUAUGCCUAUAAGCAUCAGAUGCCUUCAGUAUACAGUGGUACCUCGGGUUAAGAACUUAAUUAGUUCCAGAGGUCCGUUCUUAACCUGAAACUGUUCUUAACCUGAGGUACCACUUUAGCUAAUGGGGCUUCCCGCUGCUGCUGGUGCGCGAUUACUGUUCCGAGGUACCACUGUAGUAAUAAAUGGGUAGGAUUCAAAUCAAUUUAAAUCACCAAUGAGAAAAGGCUAAUUUGAAUGCUUCCUAAGUGACAUGACCUUUGUAAUGGCAUUUGUCUAAUUAUAUAACCAACACCUGCAAGUCUGUUCACCAUCUUAUCCUGACCCACUUAUCUGGCCUGAAUGGGAGAGGUGCUAAUCAGAAGAUAAUAUUCUGAAUUUAGGGAACACAGAAAAGCCAUAUUCUCCUUUUAAGAAUUGUAGUAUUGAAGAUUACAAGAUGGUUUGAAUAUAUGGGCUUGAGUGCGUUGACAUCAACAGCCAAAAAAGAAUUGUCUUCCUCUUUCCACACCUGGCCAGUUGGUUUGAAGAGCUGCAGCUCUGACAUGAGGAGCAGAACCUGAGCUUUCCAUGCUGCUAAGUCAAAACUUUUCCUAACAACCAGCUGAUCCAUGCCUCAGACUUGGGCAGCAACACUCACUUAAGGUUAGUUCUGCAACAACGAACCAUAUGCCAAAGUAGAUUCAGGGCAUGUGUAAGGGAGUGGUGCUUCUCUCUUAACAGAAGUGGCAGUGCAGCCACUACUGAAAAAGCUGCCCUGGAUGCAGUUUCCAUUGAUGUUUUUACUGUUACGACUGUAGUAUUCCAUUUUUAUAUUGUACAGUGUCUUGUUCCAUUUUAUAACUAAGUUUUAUAAAUAAUUAUAAUAAAUACAUAAAAUAUGCUGUGUAUAUCCCUAUUGAUGCAUAAUCGUAAGCAACAGAGAACAGACAUAAUUCUACAAAAUGUAGUUCCAAAAGUUCAUUUUUGUAAGGGAACAAAGUCAAGGCUAAACAGAAAUCUGGCAAUCUGUCCUUGUAAGCCAAGUACAUUACAUACAACAAAACUGUUGGAAGUCUUUCCAAAAACAAGUGUGGAAUCUAAUCUUUAACCUCGUAUGUGUAGAUCCUCUAUAGAUGAAAAAAGCUUCCAGAAAUUUAUAAGUUUCAAAGUAUUAAUGACAAAAAACUCAGUUAAGCUUUUACUGUAUUAAGAUUACUAAAAGUAUUACUCUUCAAGAUACAAUGCAUGAAACCCUGCAAAUGCAAAUUCAAACAGAAAAUAGAAAAUUGAUUGAAAAUAACUAUUAUAAGCACCCCUGUUAUAUGUAUUGCAUCAGUAAGAUAACCAGUGCUUUUUUCUUAAAAAAAAACAAAGUUUAGGGGUACUCUCAUUUUCCUACUCAUAUCGAAAUACUGCCCCUCAAUGAGGCCAAACUUAGAUUCACAAAAUGUUUAGGGGUCUGCACACCCCUGUGUCUCCCCAGAAAGAAAGCACUGAAGAUAACUAAUAGCAAAGUCUGCUAACAAUAUUUAGUACUAACAUAACAUUUCAAGAACAAGUACUUCCAAUAUUCGGCAAAAAUCGGGGGUGGAAAGGAGCUGAAGCUGAAGGAAAAGUGGCUUGAAUAAGGUUCCCAAUGCCUGAUAAUAUUUCAGCCAGGGACUUGGUACUUUAUAAGCCCUCUAAACUUUAUACAGUGUUGCUAGUCAUUCUAGCUGUUGUUUCGAGUCGCAUAGAAGAGAACACCAGUCUCUUGAUGAGAUAGGAGAAAGAUGCCGAUGACAGCACAUUUCCUUUCAGCCCUGUGGAUAAAGUGUUGUCACUAGACUGUCACAUGAUGCAUGUGAGACAUCAGAAGUCUUUGUCUUGCACAUCUUUCUCUCCCUGCCUGUCUCAUGCAAGUUUAGUGAUUUUUCCGUAUACCUUUCAUCACAGAAUUUAAUACAGCCUGUAUGUACACAUCAUUCUCAUAAGACUGAUAUUUUAAAAAAGGGAAUCCAUUUGCAAGUUGAUGAGGGAAAACUGGAAUGAUCACACUUUCAUCAUUAAUUACCAGUUCAGAGAAGUUGCUGACUGAGCUUGCUUCAUAAAGGUUUACUUGGUUUGAGUCCUUUAGUCUACUAAUGAGGAGCCUUUUUUCAGCCCAAAGGCCACAUUUCUUUCUGAGCCAGAACAAAAGUGGACAGAGCACCAAAUGUAAAACUAUGUACAGUAUGCUACUUUAUAUACAUUUACACACACACACUUUAAAGCAAGAGGUGUUAUCAGUCCAAGGGCACAUUCCAGCUAGGAGGAAAACACUGGGUGUGAAGCAGAGCCAGUGAGGGGGGUGGCUGGAAAGAGAAGUGUGGAGGUCUGUAUAUGGUCUCUGGGACUGCAGAAACCAAGGAGUAUUUUUGGCCCGAAUGCUUUUGUGUAACCAAACACAAUUCUGAAAGCCUCCCUCCCAUGUAGCUCUGUGCUCUUGUCCCAGAGUAUCCUAUGUAAACCAUAUAAAUGUUAGAAAAUGGUUUCUUAGCCCUCUCUUUUUCUAGUGUUUGCUAUCAAAUAACUGUAUUUAUUUCAUAUAAUUUAUUUCGUUAGAAGUGAAGGCUGCCAACAGGAAGUAAUGAAGGCCAUCAACUUGGAUGGCUUUAAACGAGGAUUGGACAAAUUCGUGGAGAAUAAGAAUAUCAAUGACUGCCGACCAUUAUGGAUAUGUUCUGCCUUCACUUUCAGAGGCAAUAUGCCUCAGAAUGGUAGCUGCAGGAUGUGGGGAGAGUAGACUUGGGCUCAGGUCCUGCUUUCUGACCUCAUAGGCAUCUGGUUGGCCACUGUGAGAACAGGAUGCUGGACUAGAUGUGCCUUUAUUUUCAACCUGAUUUAAAAGUGAUUUGCAUCCUAAGAACCUUUCUCUGAAACUGAUAAUGACUCCUUACCAUUUAUGCAUAUUUAUUGAAUGUUUGACAUCUGAUAUUUGACUGUAAGAUCAGAUCAAAGGUUCACCUAGUCCUACAUUGCACAGUGGCCAACUAAAUGCUCUUAGUGAUUACAACGGUUCUUAGGGAAUUUGUGUGUGCAAAAAUUGACCAAGAUCCACAAAAUGGGACCACUAGUUCUGCACAGGGCUUUGAGCCUGUGUUACUGUAAGAGAAAUCUCCAUCAUGUUGAAGGUUGUUCUGAGGUGAUGUCACUUGAAAAGCAUUGUGUUGGGAUCUGGGAAAGCCCAGCCUGUUGAUAAACUGAAAUGCCUGUAGUUUGUGGGUAUAUUUAAAAUGGUAUUCUCAUAAGCAGCCUCUGUUGGGACACUUUUAACAUGCGCCUUGCAAGUGUGAAACCUAUGGUCAACACAGUUAACAUUCAUUAUUCUUCCUCUGUAGGUAUUUUCAGACUCGUGUAUCUGGUAUGGCGAGUGUGAAGUUGCUUCUGGAGAUAAAAGGUACAAUUGUGAAUAUAAGGGUCCACCGUUGCCACUGCCGAAAGAUGGCUAUGAUUUGGUACAGGUAAGUUUCUAGUGAAUUACCAUUUUACUGGAAAAUAAGAACUUUAGUGGGGAUGGGAAAGAAGAACUAAGCAUAUUUUUUCCUAAACUUAGCCUUUGUAGUUGGUAUAUGCAUUUCUUAACUUGAAUGUCUACUCUAUAAGGAUUACGAUCAUAUCAAAUCUACCAGUCUCUUCUUCUGUAAUGUUAUUACUAAGGAAGUAUGAAAUAGUAAUUACUAAUUUCACUAUUACAGUGAUUCUAAGCCUGUUAGUAAGUAAGCUGUUGAAAACAGUGAGAUAUUUUCCAGGACAAUUGUCUAAAGUUGAGUGUGUGACCCUUGCAGUAGACGAAAAAAAUCACAGGCUACUUUAUAAUACUUGAAUUUUAAAUAUUUAUAUAUAUAUAUAUGUAUUUGAUUUUCUCUUAAGGAACUCUGCCCAGGUUUUUUCUUUGAGAAUGUUAGCCUUUGUUGUGAUGUACAACAACUUCAGACUUUGAAAAACAACUUGGAGCUCCCGCUGCAGUUUCUUUCCAGGUAUGUGGGAGCCACUUGUCUGGUUGUUGCUUGUGGUAUUUGCCCCCCUGCUCCCGCUUCUCAAUAAACUAGAGAAAAUAUGGUAGACAUUUACUUGUCUAGGAAAUAUAAUGGGAAAAUACAUAUCUACAAAUGCCUUUAUUACAAUGUCUGUCUUCACCCAACAAGUGCUCCAGAAGUUGCUCUGCUCAUUCUCUGAUGGUGGAAUGCUACCAGAGAGAUGCAUUUUAGUAGACAACUUUCUAGAAAGGUUGGUCAAAUAAAUGUAUAUAAAUAUUAAGCAUUUUAAUUAUUUUUAUUCUGCUUAAUAAUAUCUCCAGACCUCUUUCCAAUAAAAGAGAACUAUCUGAAGAGUCUUUGUGAUGCUUUCCUCAUAUUUGUUUAUAGUUCAUAUUUUCUUCAGCUUUUAUUGGGGCAACAAUACUAAAAUUUAAAUACAGUGGACCCUCUGGAUACUAACUUAAUACAUCCUGGGGAUCCGUACUUACCCUGAAAAGUCCGUAUCUGGAGGUGCUGCUUCUGCGGACACACGCAGCACGAUAGAGCACUUCUCCGCGCAUGCGCACAUGGCAAAACCCGGAAGUAUACACUUCUGGGUUUGCUGCAUUUGUAACUCGAAAUUACGUUACCCGAAGGUAAUGUAACCCGAGGUAGCACUGUAAAUGGUGGUUUCUGAAUCUUGGGCUGCAAGCCUACACAUUCUUAUAUGGGAGUAUUCCUAUAGUAGAACUGACCUCUGAGCAUGCAUGCGUCAGAUUGGACUGUAUGUCUCAUUUGAUUUCACUGCUGUGCUGCUUACGUAGUUUCAUUUCUUUCCUCCAGAUGAAAUGCUGUGAACUUUUCUGUACUCAAUAUUGCUGUAGCCCUUGCUGAUCAUUCUUAGAACUACACAUUUCAGGAAUGCACUAUUAAUUUAAGCUUUGAUAUCUGGACCGUAAGAACUGUUUGUUGUUCUUGAAGACAAAUGCUACAUUCUGAAAAUUCCUGCAUUUUGUGUGCACAUACUGGAUAAAGGAAUAAAUGUUUAAUAAUUACUCUCUCUUCAGGUGCCCAUCAUGUUUUUAUAAUUUUGUAAACCUGUUCUGCGAACUAACCUGCAGUCCUCAUCAGUCUGAAUUUCUCAAUGUAACAAAUACAACUUCAUAUAUUGAUCCAAUUACAAAAGAGAAGAAAACCAAUGUCGCUGAACUGGAGUAUUACAUUGGAGAAAAAUUUGCUAACGGUAAGCGAGGCAAAAUAGUUGUGUAUCAUUUAUUUUUGUUAGAAGAUUUUAUAAAAGCAGUUAUUUGCGUGUAUUCUCAUGUGUAAAUGAACUGUGUGGUUCAUCUGCAAGUCAGAAGUUGAGUAGUAUGAUAAAGAGAGCUGUGUGUAUAUGUGCCAUUGAAGUUAGAAAAAUGGGAUCCAGCAUUAAUCCUAUUUGCAAGGCUAAUUCAGGAGACUAUAAUCUUACAGUUCAUUUCCCCCAAAGAAUAUUAAAUCUGGCAAUUCUUUUGUUCUCCAGUGCCCCAUAAAGUAGCAGGGUAGUAUUUCUCAUCUGCCCUGUCCAUUUCUGUUGGCAACCUUCCACUAAUGCAUGUUGAUGCCCUCCUCCUGGGCUCCCACAAGGUUUCCGGUGCUCAUAAAAUCGGAGGAGUGUGCUUAGUCUCCUAGGCAAUAGAGCAGUUUCCUCCUUUCCUGUUUGAGGCAACUGCUGGGCUUGGACACACCCAGCUACCUUUGCAACCAAAUUGUCACAUCCUCCUUGUACAUUUCAGUUUCCACAGCAAGCAGAAGACAGAUUCCUUUGCUGCUGCUGCUGUUUGCCCCAGAUCCUCUCACAGCACUGGGGUUGAGUUAUCUUGCCCUCACCUUUUCAGAGGCAGAAAUGGCACUCUUGUCUUCUGUAAAGGCUAGUGCAAAGGACAAGAGAUCCCUCCUGCAUGCUUUGCAAUUAGUGGAAAACUAUUCAGAGAAUCCACUGGUGAGCUAAUGAGAAGAUUUGUGAAGCCUAGAUUAAUCUUGGACUGUGUCAAAACCUUUUGUCUUCAAGCGUUUCUUCUGUUAUAAAUUCAGAAUUGCUUUAUUUCAGAUGCUGAGCCAGCUUAGUAAAUUCUUAUUUGUAUCAUUACUGUAUUAUCAGCAUUGUCUUUUUCUUUAUUGUAAUGAUACUUCUAGCUAUGUAUAAUGCAUGUAAAGAUGUGGAGGCACCAUCAAGCAAUGUUAAAGCGCUGGGACUAUUGUGUGGAAAAGAUGUUAGGGAAUGCAAUGCAACCAACUGGAUUCAGUACAUGCUCAACAAGGAUAAUGGUCAGACUCCUUUCAACAUGAUUCCAAUAUUUUCAGGUAGGAAACAAAUGUUUUAAAUAAACUUUUCCUUAUUGACUAUUAGCAGCAAGUGUCUUGAACUUGAGCCACAAAUACAUACUGAAUUUGGACCAUCCCCCUAGGCAACGCAGGAUUAACUACUGGGCUAAUAAGGCUAUGGCUUUAGGUGUAUGUGCAUAUAAUUUCAUAUAUACAUAAAAAUGUAAGGCUGUAAUCAUGCACUGCAGUUUAAAAUAGUGCUGAUACAUACUUCUAAAAGGGAGGAGAUACUCCCUGUGAGGUCACUUUGGCUUAUCUUCCUCACAAUGUUUUUUUCUGUCAGCAUGUGUAGAAGAAAUAUUAGAUAGGAAAUGUCACUGUUGUCUUUUUCUGCAUCUGCCGAAGACUACCUUCUUCCAAUCAGCCUUUUAAGUUGAUAUCUUUUCCAGAGUGCAUCUGCAUUGCAGUUCUUGAAAGAUGUUUUAUCGCUUGUUGUUUGCUGCCCUGGGCUCCUUUGGGCAGAAGGUGGGGUGGGUUAAAUGCAAUAAAUACAUCUGUAACUUGUGGCAAUUUUGAAUGGUUUUAAAUCCUGGAAGAUUUUACUUCUAUGGGCCUUGGAUCAAAUGGUAAACUUGCUUACACUAGUGAACAAAAAAAUUUUCUGAUAGUUUGGCAACCUUAAAAGUUGAAGUUGCCAAACGGAAACUAUUAUCGGUUUACGUUGGUUUUAAUUUGUCAUAGAUUAUAUCUACAAUUUUAGUAUUUGGGUAUUUUUUGAGUGUGAUAACUUUUCUCUUGUUAGAUGUUUCUAUCCAUGGGAUGACUCCUAUGAACAAUGCCACCAAAGGCUGUAAUGAGUCCAUGGAUGAUGUCACUGGGCCUUGCAGUUGUCAGGAUUGCUCUAUUGUCUGUGGUCCCAAACCACAACCCCCUCCACCUCCUGUACCUUGGCUUUUGCUUGGUUUGGAUGCCAUGUAUGUCAUCAUGUGGAUCUCCUACACAGGAUUUUUGCUUGUGUUUUUUGCAGCAGUUUUUGGAGUUUGGUGUUACAGGUAAAUAGCUCCCUUUUUAAACAGCAUUGAAAAUUAAGUGUUGGAGUUGUUCAUAAACUGUUAAAUAAUCCCACUGUUUACUAAAGGUAGAAUCCAGUGGGACUUUAACUUUUUCUUUUAUUCUGCAGCCCUCACCCCACCCCGGUUCAAUCUGCUGUAGAGAGUGAAGCCAUGUUGUGUGACAAUGAACAGCUUGCACAUAGACAGCAUUUAGAACAUCCCCAUACUGCAGUAAUGCUUUGUUUUUGCUUAGUGUGCAGUUAACUGAACAGCCACUAGCAUUCUCUGUGCUUUAAGGAACUAUCUAGGACAAGUAUAGCAUACCUGUAUAUUUAUACAUUUUACACCUACACUGAGUACUGUAUAUAUUGUCAGACUUGGUGGCAUAGCAAGAUGAGGAGAGUGCUUGUAAUAUGUCAGACUUACCUUGAGAUUUCUUUUGCACCUGAUGUUGACUUAAAAUAAAUCCUGGGUGCUGCUCAGUGUGGCUGCUGCACUGUGUAUCUUCAGCUGCAUCGUUUUUAUCUCUGAAACUACAGAGGCAGCAGAAAAUCUGUCAGUGUAAACAACUGCCCUAUGAGCUGUUCAUAGUCAUGGGAUUCACCCUCCCUGAUUGCUCAGUUUUAAAGAGACAGGGAAGGGGGAAAUCAAAAAACCCCACAAUGUAUUUAACUCUCAAAUUAAUUUUUGUUUGUUUACAAAUGGUCUCAUAGAACCCUUGUCUGUGCCUGACAAUUGCACCAUUGUAGCUUGGUACAAUGAAACUGUUUAUAUGACAUUGUACCACACGGAAGCCUCUGGCCAAUCUAGUCUGUGCAAACUCUGAUUCAGUAGUUCAGUUUUGCUGAGAAAGAGGAAGUGUUUUUGAGAAUUUAAAUGAGGUCACUAGGAACCUAUAAUACAUUAGCUGGUGAGGGAGAUAACUCCUUAAAAUGUGUUGAAACCAAACAUUGUGCUCUAAAACAAAGUGAUUGUGAUUGUAGUGCUUCCCAACUAGAAGGUAGUAAAAAAAGCUUGGUGUGCUUAUUUUACAAGAUGCUUAUCAAGGAGAAUAACAGGAAGAUGUAGCACAAUAGAAGGCGAUAAUAAUUCUAUUGUUAGAAGGGAUGAUUAAUAUCAGCAUGCGUAAUAAUGAUGAUUCUGUGACCUAGUUUGCAUGUCAUCUUAAGGCAUAGUUUAAAAUGAACUAUGGUUUAAAGUAAACAUGCACUUAGCUCUUUCCUUCAGUGCAUCAGUGACAACAAAGAAACCAGAGAUUGACUUUGUCCAUUAUGUGCGAAGCAAUGUCUUGUAGCUUAUUUCCCAUCAAACUAUGGUACUAAGCCAAGGCUUGUUCAUAUGUAAUGUUUCUUGCUUGGCUCACUGAAGAGGGGAGCAGGGGAGUAGCAAAGUACACUGUUCAUUCACAUUGAACCAUUGCUUCAAUUAAACCAUGGUUUAAUGUGACAUGUGAAAAUGGCCAAAUGUAGUAAGGUUCAUAAAAUGUAUAUGUCUUAGUGCCUGCACUCUGUUGAUGGCUUUGUAAACUUGUAUUCUACACAAACCUGAAGAGCUUAGGAGAUAUGUGUAAGACGGUUACAGUGAAACCUCGGUUUUUGAACGUAAUCUGUUCCGGAAGACCGUUUGACUUCCAAAUUGUUUGAAAACCGAAGCUCAAAGGGCGGAAAAAAUUGAGAAAAAUACAGUGAUACCUCCGCAGAAGCCGUUUGAGUUCCAAGGUGCAUUCCAAAACGGAAGCAUUUACUUCCAGGUUUUCAGUGUUUGAGUUCCGAAACGUUCAUCAACAGAAACAUUCGAAACGCGAGGUACCACUGUAUAGGGCAGAAUUAAGUAGUAUUCAACAGAAUAAACUGGUAACGUUUUCCUGGAUUCUAACUUUUUUAGGGAAGAGAUAGUGGGGAUUGUUAUGUGAUUGAGUAGCAAGAGAAAUAGCAGGUUGGGGAGAAGGCUAGACUGAAUAUCUCUUCCUGACGCACAUGCUAGUGGUGUUAAGAGCAUUCAAGUGAUCCUCACCUGCAGCCACAAGUGGUACAUUCAGGUAAGAUUUUAUUCAACACAAUUAAAUAAUAUGCCUUUUCCUGACUUUACUACUUUGGGUAAGGAUCACUUGAAUACUCUCAAGAACCCUAGCAUUUGUGUCAGGGAGACAUGUAUAGUCUCGCUUUCUCCCAAUAUGCUAUUUUAUUUUAAUUGUCAAUAGGCUCAUUGCAUGAGGUGCCUGAUAAAGAAAUACUUACUGAAGGAGAUUUUACCACUCCAGACAGCAGUAUUAAAAUGUUGAACCUACAACACUUUCCCUUGAAAGGUACAGUCCAGGAAAAGCUUUGCCAGUAGAUUCUGAUGAAUCAUGUAGAUCACCUGUUUACUAGAACAUUUACUAGUACAUGAUGAUUUUGAGGUUUCCGAAUAAAUAUUCUCUAACUUGAAGCAAAGAGACUGCUGUAACUCUGCAAUGAUCCAGUGAGAGAGAGAAUGGCACUACGUUGAAGAAGAGGAAUUAAUGUCAAAUAUGGCAAUGCAGUUACCUGCCACAGAAAUGGCUAGUGAUUGAUGCUGGAUUUUCCCCAGGCACUAUUCAAAUACUUUAGCCACCACAGAGUAGCUCAGCGCAAGUACUUGUAAUUGAUGUAAUGAAGACCUAGCUUCCAAAAAUUCUCUAAUAACAGGAAUAAAAAUUCUAUAAUAACAGUUUCUGUAUUUUCUUUGCAAACUGUAACCUAGAGUGUCUUGAAUCACAUUAUUAAAUAAAAUAGAACUGAGAAUCCAAUCCUGAGUGCUCUUGUUCAUGCUCAUCUCUUUUACAGGAAGAGACACUUUGUUUCUGAAUACACACCUAUUGACAGCAACAUUGCCUAUUCUGUUAAUUUACGCCAGAAUACUGGUAAGUUCUAGAAAGUAAUGAUAGAGCGUUUGUGUGUGUUCCUCUUUAAGAACGUUGGUUAUAAUAUAUUAAAUUACAUGCUGGGUUUGUUGUAAAACAAUAUGUCCUGAAUUUUUUCCUUGCUCGCCAUUUCUCUCUCUCUCUCUCGCUUUCAGUAAUAAAAAAGGAACUUCUUAAUAUGAAUUAUUAGUUUUUAAAAUAAAUAUCCUAGACUACACACAACUCUUCUUCACGGUACUCCUACACGCAUUAUGCUGGUGUACUUCCUGAUUUCUGCAUUCAGUGGCUGAAUUAUGCCCUAUUUUAUAUGGAGUCGGGCUUAAUAAUGUCAUAGUCCUCUUUUUCAUUCUCUACAAUUUUGUUCCUGUUCCUAAAUUAAACAGAAAAACCUGGAAGCCCUAAUUAAUAGUAAUUGUUGGUUAGGUAUAUGGGUUGUGUUGGAAAUGGAUAUCUUAUUUACUCUGGAUGUGCUCUUGUUCUUGCAGGAGAAGCUACCUGGUGUGAAAGGCUGGGUGAAAGGUUUGAGAACGUGUUAAGAGUCACAUUCACAUCAUGGGGGGCUUUCUGUGUUCGAAACCCAAGACCUGUUGUGCUCUUUUCCCUGGCUUUUAUUGCCAUGUGCUCCUCAGGCCUGAUGUUUGUCAAAGUAACAACAAAUCCUAUAGACCUUUGGUCAUCCCCAAACAGUGAAGCUCGCAAAGAGAAGGAAUAUUUUGAUACUCACUUUGGACCUUUCUUCCGUACUGAACAACUUAUUAUCCAAGCUCCAAACGCCAAGCCAGAAAUCUAUUCUCCAUAUCCAUCAGGAGCAGAUAUUCCUUUCGGGCCUCCACUAACUAAAGAUAUCUUGCAUCAGGUAAUACAGACGGCAGCCCUUUGCAUGCUCAGUGGAUGCAAGGGUGCAAGUUGGAAAACUGAAAUACAAAGGGGUUUGGGGGGGAUGCCUUUGAUUGGCAGUUACCAAUAAUUUCAGGGAAGCUUCUGUUCAGAUACUUAAGCCCUUGAAACCUCUACUAUUUCAGGGAUAGGUGCCUGCCAGCAUAGUACAAUCAGAAUUGUGUGCCAUUCAAGAAUUGAAUCUGGUACUGCUACUUGUAGUUAUAGCUUAGUGGUUCCAGGUAGCUGUGUCCAACUUGACUAUGAUUGCACUAAAAAACCCUGAGGCACAUAAUGACACUGGUGUAGAUGUAGCCAUGGUUUAUCAUUCCAAAUGAAUUAAGUCUCCCACCAGACUCGCAUGCUCCUAACUCCUUUUCCGAUGAUGCCUCAAUAAGGGGAUUGGAAGUCUCCAUAUCUGCUUUCGAUUAACUACAGUUUAUCAUGUCAUCUGAACCCUCAACUUUGAUUACUCUUUACUGUGGUUAGUUGAAUCAAGCUAGCUUCAUAAAUUCUGGUUUUGAAGUUGGCUUGUUUCUCAACUAAUCAUAGUUACUCUUAACCUCAGUUUGUCAAUUUUUGGAUGACACUGCAUGUAGUGGUUAAUCUGAAAUAGAAAGAAAAGCUUUCACAUUCUAACUUGCAGCCUUUGCCAGGGGGAGAGGUAGGAGUUUACAAGCCCAAGGCUCACUGCAGCUUGUUCUUGUAAUACAAACUGUGGUUUAGAGCAAGCAUCCAUCCUAUUAGGCCUAGGGGGACAUUUGAAAAUCUAAACUGCAGAGGGUGUACCACAAAGCACCCAUUUCACAGAGGAACUGUCAAUGCUUAUUACCGCUCCCCCACAAGCAAAACUUUUACACCACCCAAAAACAACACAAAAAGACAAUUCUCCCCAAACUGGAAACCACCCAAGCAAAACAACCAAAAUAAGCCCCCAAAACCACAAUUUUUAAAAAAUUAGGAGUGGCAGAGAGCCUGUCUUAGUGGGUGUCUGAGGCCGCUAUGCUUGGGAACUCCAGGCUUAGAGUUAUGUCUGAACUAGCCUAUUGUAGAAUUAACAGUUGCUGUAUGUUAAAGUAUAAUAGAGAAUUCUGUAUUUAUGUCCUACCCUUCCACUGUAAAUCAAUGCUCUGGGUAGCUUACAGCAUAAAUGCAUAAUAAAAUAAAAUAAAACCAUACAUUCUAAGCAGUACUAUGAAAUCUGUAUUUUUGUCAUCUAAUCUCCUUUAGACUGUACAGUUUGAGCCACAGUUGCUUAGCUUUAUCCACCAUAUCUUAAAGGUUGUUUGAUGCAUGGACGUAAGAAAAGUUCUGUUCUGCUGCUAUGACACUUAAGUUCUUCCUUUCUCAUCCUUUCAGGUGCUAGACUUGCAGAAUGCUAUUGAAAACAUAACUGCUUCUUAUAAAAAUGACACCGUAAUGCUGAAGGACAUCUGCCUGGCUCCUCUUGCUCCCUCCAACAACAACUGUACUAUUUUAAGUGUACUCAAUUAUUUCCAGAACAGUCAUUCUGUCCUAGAUCACAGUAUUGGUGAUGAAUUUUUUGUCUACGCUGACUACCACUCUCACCUCUUGUACUGUGUCCGGUAAGCACAGUGAUAUUUCACAUAUAUAUUUGUAGCUUGUCAAAAUUGCUUUUGAAUAUCUGUUUGACAGACUGACUUUCAUUUCCUUCUUUGGUCUACAUGCUUCUUGGAUAGUUUGCUUGAUACAGGGAUUGUAGAAUACAUUUUAAGUAAAACUAAAAAGGAGCUGUUGACUUGGUUUGGAGAAAGCGUCAUUCAUACACCAUGCUUUGUGUCUAGGAUCAGGAUACCAAGCCCCACCACUGCUUUGGAGCCUGGACAGAAUUCCUUGCAAACUGAUGAACUCUGGAUUAAUAUAAGCCAGUGCCUGGGGUGGAGAUUGAGCUUGCUCCCUAGUUUCUGUUCCUGGUUUCAUAAAAUUUGCUUUAUGAAGGCUUGAACAAUUGGCUGAAUUGGGCCGAUCUUUGUACUUGUAAAGUUCUCACACCUUAUUGCUAUACUUACAUGAUUGGAAAUAGGAUUACUUACUUUGUUGGAAAUUGCUUCAGAGUAGGUAAGUAAGGAAGGGUGGUCUAAACCACAGAGCCUAGGGCUUGCCGAUCAGAAGGUUGGCGGUUUGAAUCCCCGGAAUGGGGUGAGCUCCCGUUGCUCGGUCCCAGUUUGAAAGCAUGUGAAAGUGCAAGUAGAUAAAUAGGUACCGCUCCGGCGGGAAGGUAAAUGGCGUUUCCGUGCGCUGCUCUGGUUCGCCAGAAGUGGCUUGGUCAUGCUGGCCACAUGACCCGGAAGCUGUACGCCGGCUCCCUCGGCCAGUAAAGCGAGAUGAGCGUCGCAACCCCAGAGUCGUCCAUGACUAAGACCUAAUGGUCCCUUUACCUUUACCUUUAAGUAGAGAAUAUACAUGAUUGAGGUGUUAAGGGAGAAAAUGAGAUGGAGUCAAGGAAACUUGAAGGGCAUUCCAAAGUAAAUGCCCUUCACUUCAAAAUAUGAUCUACUGUAAUAUUGUAACAAGCAGUGUUCUACUUGGAUAACUGUCAACAACUGUAUAUGAAUUUCACAGGGCUCCAGCCUCUUUGAAUGACACAACCUUGCUUCACGAUCCGUGUUUGGGAACAUUUGGUGGCCCUGUGUUUCCUUGGUUGGUGAUGGGAGGAUAUGAUGGUAGGUGUGAAGGAUCAAAACAGGUGUGGAAGCCUUGCUGAAAUGAAGGUGUAGCCUCCACAUCCAUUUGUUGUGAUUCUCAGUCUCUUUUCAGGACUGUUAAGGUAAUACAGCCAGCUUAGUAUCCAGCCUGUAGCCUACACUUAUAUCAGCUAUGAAAUACACACUGCAUCUCAAAUCCUGGCAAAACCUUACCACUGCCAUGUGGUGUUUCCAUGCCAUGUGGGAAAAUAUUCAUGGUGAGGAAUAGAGUGACUUGCACACAACAAAGUGUAUUUUCUUGUUUAGCAGGAAUUAGUAAGAUAGUGUAGUAUUUAGUCUGGAUGGAAAACCAAUUUUCUGGUGAAUACUAUUUAAUUUCAGUGCAUGGUUGACAGCCAGUGUGUGAGCUAGUAUUCUUUUACUUUAUUCAGCAAGGAAGACUCAAGCAUACAUACCUAAAAGCAAUUGUAACACUUUGCAUGGGUUGGGGAGGAGAGAUGAUGGAGUACCUUCUGAGGACAAUGGUGUGUGGAGCGGGGGGGAGACUAGUAGUUGGGCCCCCUAAACCUGGUGGAAAGUUUCAUUGAGAUUGGUUGCAUUUACGUCUGUGUAAAUCGGCUUAGGUUAGCACUAAUGACACUAUUUCUGCUAGUAAAUAAAAUGGGUCUUACUUAGUGAAGUAGCAUGAAGUGAAUAUGGAAGACGCUUUAUAACAGGAUUAGACAACAUGUUGCUUGCCAUAUGUUGUUGGACUCUAGUUCCCAUCAUUCCUUGGUCAUGCUAGCUAUAUUCUUCUAUAAUCCUUAAAAUAGUUCCUUAUGUAUUUUAUCUUUUUUUUAAUGCCUAGGUGAAAAUUACAAUAAUGCUACAGCCCUUGUGAUCACAUUUCCUGUCAAGAAUUACUACAACGACACAGAAAAGCUAAUGAAAGCACAGGCUUGGGAAAAGGAGUAAGUCUUUCUUAUUGAGGCUUAACUGAAACAUUGCAUGUAAAAUUCUUAUACUGGAGAUGAGUCAGUUGCCUGCCCAAGAGAAUCUGGCAAGGUCUACUUCACAAUUUUUUAAACAAACAACAAGCUAUUUGUGUAACUCAGAAAUGAACAUGUUAUAGACGAACUGCUAGUGUUUUAUCUGACAUAACUUUUAGUUAGUGUAACCUUGGAGCUGCACAGUUUCCCUAUGCAAGCAUAAGAUGCUGAAGACUGCAUCAGAAGUUUGUUCAUAUCCUUCUUUUCAUGAUACAGAUCCUUCCAAGGUGGCUUAUAAGUAACAUUAAACUACAUCUUAAACCCACAAUAAUAUAAAAAGUCAAGGGUGUCCCCAUAGAACACCCUUUGGAGGCGGUAACAGAACAUCCAGCUGAAGCAGGCUGUGAGGCAGCCUUUACUUUUGUCCUUCACAUUUCACAUUUUCUUAAAAGUAUGAAUUGAGCCCAAGGAUAACCUAGGACAUCUGGGAAGCAUGUAAUGAUCAAGAUAAAGUAGAAUGUUGGGUCUGGUCCAAAAGUACAACUAACAUUAAAAAAAAUUGGAGGCCUAUGUGAAUAAUGUGAGAAAUUUUCUGACAUUCUAAGAACCCAUUGAUUUGUUGUCUUUCAGGUUCAUCUCUUUUGUGAAAAACUAUAACAACUCAAAUUUAACAAUUUCUUUCUCUGCUGAGCGUAGCAUUGAAGAUGAAAUAGACCGGGAAAGCUACGGUGAUGUUGGUACUGUUGUAAUUAGCUACGCAGUAAUGUUUGUGUAUAUCUCUGUAGCUCUGGGACACAUCAAGAGUGCUGCUAGAUUCUUGGUAUGUAUCUUUAAUGGUUUAAAAGCAAGUCUACAACAAAUAAAAGUGGGCUGAAACAUUUAUUAUAUAUUUGACUACUAUUAUGCUCAUCUCUGUGUGUUUUUACUCUUAUAAGGGGAAUUCCAUUAGCUUCAAACCAUGGUUUUUUUAAAAAUGCUUUGUCGUGUAAUAUGGUAUAUGAAAAAUUUAACAGAAAUUGGCUGCUCAGUGCAACUGUUUUGUGUUGACUGAGUUGGUUGCAGGUUCCUUCCCUUUUUCAAAGUACCAAAAGGAAAUAUUUUAUUCAACCUCAGAAUCAUUCUCUCACUAAUCCAGCAAAGGACAUUUCUUUAUACAGUAUAUCACUGGCUGGAUUAGGUGCUGUGGGUGUACACUGAAGUUUUAAUGAUAUUUUGAUGCUAGUUUUCAGCACUGGGUGGUUUCUAAUAGGAUACACAUUCCUAUUCUGGCUCUUUUUAUGCAAGACUAGACCUAGAUUUUGAUGCGAUGUAGUUUUGUUAAGCUACAAUUGUACUUGAAAAACAUUUAUAAUUGGUACCAAUCAGGUAUUUUAAAUAUAAUUGUUGUGAUUUCUUUCUUCUUUUGCUAGGUGGAUUCAAAAAUUUCCUUGGGCGUUGCAGGCAUUCUGAUUGUACUGAGUUCAGUUGCAUGUUCUCUGGGCAUCUUCAGCUAUUUUGGAGUUCCCUUAACAUUGAUUGUUAUUGAAGUCAUUCCAUUUUUAGUGUUGGCAGUUGGAGUGGACAACAUUUUCAUUAUUGUCCAGACAUUUCAGGUAUUUUUGUGAUUCCUCGCUACCCUAGUGUGUAAUGAAUAAGCUCCUAAUAUAAGUUGAAUAUGAAUAUACAAGUGGGAUCAGUGGCCCCUUUAGGCCAGUAGUGUACUUCUAAAUUGUGAUCAGAUAGGAAGCUACUUUAAACUGAAUGAGACCAUUGGUCUCCUUAGCUCAGUUUUGUGCAUACUGACUGCCACUAGCUCUCCAGGUGUACAAACAUAAGUCUUUCUUAGUCCUACUUGGAAAUACCAGGAAUCUAGCAUGGGAUCAUCCCAUCCAGAGAAUGUGGUCUACCACUGAGCCAUGGCCCCUUGAUGCAAGAGGUGUUGAUAUCAUUUGGUUCUGUUGUAUUACAUAUGGUGUUGAUUUUGAAAUCCUGUUCAAGUGAUUUUGUGAGAUGUUGAGUAUUAAUGAGUUCAACAACAAAAAAUGAAAGUGCUCCCAUAUUAGAGUUAUGUUUACUGGGAAUCUUACUUGAAAAAGUAAAAAGACUUGGCAUAUAAUAUGCUAGAGAACAAGUGUCCUUACUGGGAAAUUGGUUGGGAAUAAACAAAAAUACUUGGAGCACUUGAGAAACGAUAGUGCAAUACAUUGCCUUUCAUUAGGUGCUGGAGAACAGUACAGCUGUUUGAGAAUAUCUACCUUUUAUUAUGAUUUUGCAAAUAAACCCUUGCGUUACUAGCCCACACAAUAUAUUUAUAGCACCCUGACACAACCUGCUCUCCUUUAAUUUCCCUGCCAGCUUGCUUAACGUCAUGGUUAUUCAGAUGGACAGCUCUUUACAAGCGUGUCCUAGCAUUUUUGUACUAAACUGCUGUUAUAUCUCAUGCUUUUACGCAAAUAUGUAGUGCUGCUGCAUUUGGAACACUGUGUACAGAUUUAGUACCCUAGAUCUAGAAAAGGGCAACCCAAAUGAUCAAAGUGUUGGAGUGUCUUCCAUUCAAAGAGAGGCUGAAAUCUGUUUAGUUUAGGGUGGAAGAUGACUCUGAAAGGGAAUGUGACAAACUGUAAAAUCAAACAUGUGCAAAGAAGUUUUUCUUUCACAUAAAGCUGUAACUCUGUAGUUAUUGAAUGGUGAUAUAUUUUAGAUAGGCAAUAGAAAGUACUGUAUCACAUAAUAUAACUUGCGGAAUUCACUGCCACAGUAUAUAACUGCUGCUGGUGUGGCUAGCUUUUUAAAAGGGGAUUAGACAAAUUUAUGGAGGAUAACCAUAUUGAUGCUUAUAUGGCAACUUUGUGUUAAGGGAUAGUUUGACACUGAAUACUACUUGCUAGGGAGCAACAGCAAGAGAUGGCAUCGCCGCCUUAUCCUGCUUGUGGAUUUUUUGGAGGGAAAUGGUAGGCCACAUGCAGGAUAAUGGACUAGGAGGAUCUUUUGGUCUGAUCCAAAAUAAGCUCAUGUUUUAUUCAUAUUCAUGUCUGAAAUUCAUAGAAUAGUAGAGUUUUUCUUCCCGGUGGGGCAUGAACUGUCAAACCUCUGUAGGAUGGAUAUUUUUGCGGGGAGGGGGUAGUGUUGGGUGUUGGUCCUCUUUUCUUUCCUGCCCUUUGCAGGCUUUUUCUGUAAUGGGAGGGGAAAUUGUCCUGGCAUGCCCUUGGAACUCUCUCCCUGUUUUCUGUCUCCAUUGUCAAAGCCCUGGUGAAGAACCACCAGCAGCAGUAGAUGUUUCCUUUGCUCCUGUGAGGAGGCCUCCAUGCUUGGACCUCCCUUUUGGAGAUGGAUUUCUCUCUCUUUGUGGACAGGGACAUUCACACAAUCCUUUUAAAAACAUGUUUUAUUGAUUUUUCAGAAAGAGAGAGAAUACACCAACAAUAUCAUUCAGUUUAUCCCCUACCAUCGCUCCUCCAAACCCUAACAGAACUUGAAUAUACCCCAAAGAUUCACACAAUCCUGUUGCCCCUGUGCUGCCUUCAGAGGACUAAGUGUAAGAGGGCCUUACACUUGAAAUUCUGGUUGUACUAUACAAAGAAUAAAGAGAUAGGUUUUGUUUUCAUCUAGUGGACAUGGAACAAAGAAGUGACUAGAAAUGGGAAAAGGAGAACCAGAAAAUUCAUAUAUGCUCAUUUUCUAUAGUGACUGUGUGAAAUGAUCACUGUUCUGGGAUAAGGAGAAUUGAGUGGGCAAGACUGAUGUACAUUCUAGGAAACAUUAGCUGUGUAUUUAUAUUUCCUUGAAUACAAAUGUUUGGAUCAUAGAUCCAAGGAGAACUUUCUCUAGAUCUGAUUUCUAACAAAUGAAUACUAUUUCAGAGAGAUGAACGCCUUCAAGGUGAAACUCUAGAUAAGCAGAUCGGCCGAAUCCUUGGAGAUGUGGCUCCUAGUAUGUUCCUGUCAUCAUUUUCAGAGACAGUGGCCUUUUUAUUGGGUAAGGAUUUUUAGUUUGUAAUUUUUUUUUUGUUUCAAUAUACCAUAUUUUUCCAUGUCUAGGAUGAUGUUUUUGUAUUAUAAAUAAAUGUUUACAAUUGUGGGUCAUCUUAUACACGGAUAGUGCAGAGGGGGGGUGGGCAAUUGGUGGCAGCCGUGUGCAGGAGAUUGGCAGCAGCGAUUGUGCUGGCGAUUGGCUGCUGCUGUGGCAGUUGGGCGGGCGAUUGGUGGCGUCCGGGCAGACGAUUGGUGGCUUUGUUGAGGCGGGCGAUUGGCAGUGGCAUUGAGGCGGGUAAGCAAUUGUCGUCAAUCCCCUCCCCAAAAAAAGCUCAGCAGCUCUGGGCAAGCUCCCCCCAUUUCCUUAAUUUGGAGUUUGAAAAAAUAGGAGUCGUCUUAUACAUGGGGGCGUGUUAUACAUGGAAAAAUACAGUAUGUUGUACUCUGUUCAUCCUCAUCACUUGCAGGGUUCAUAUAAAUGCAUACUCUGCUUAACUGGAACAUGUAUGGUCUAUUAAGCCUUUAUUUCUAAUGGCUCUAUUCCAUGUUGUGCAGUGGAACUUCUGUCACAGAAGUGGGGAGUGCUGGUGGAAAUGAUCACACACAAGAUUUGUAUCAGGGAUUCUGAAAGUUACUAAAAGCAAAAAAAGCAAAACCAUUAUACAGCUUAUCAUCCCAUUUUUUUGUUAUUUUUUUACAUUGUGCUAAAUUCUAGCUGGUAAUGUUAAAUUUGUCUUCUACCCAAUGUAUUGCUGGCAGCUAGGGAAGAAAAGGGUCAUCGUGUAGAACAAAAUGAUAAAGCAACAUUUAUUCUGUGGUUGCUUGUGAAAUUAUGGCAUCUACUGAAAUUAUCUUGCAUGAGAUUGUAUUCACCCUUGAAAGCACCUGCUGCUAUGCAUGCUGCCUGUGGUAUUGAGAGAUGAUCUUCUGUCAUCUUUUUGUAGAAGUCUUAAUCAUGCACUGUUAAUUUGACAUCCAGGGAUUAAAAUAAACUUUGCACUUCUUCAUAUUGAGAGAGACAGUGCAAUACUUCUAUUUCUGUCUUUCUUUUAGGAUCUUUGUCCACUAUGCCUGCUGUUCGUACUUUCUCUCUAUUUGCUGCAGUGGCCGUAUUUAUUGACUUUCUCCUUCAAAUUACUUGCUUUGUAAGCCUCUUGGGCUUGGAUAUUAAGCGCCAAGAGGUAAGCCUGCUACAAUACAUUCAAUGUUUGUUUUGAGUAAUUUAAUUGCUACUUCAGCUUAUUUCAUUUUGGCAUUUUGUUUUUCAGAAAAAUCGAUACGAUAUUCUGUGUUGUAUCAAAGGUGGUGAAGAGAUCAAUAGUGUUCAGCACUCUGAAAGUGUGUUGUUUUUAUUCUUCAAAAAUAUAUAUUCUCCAUUUCUUCUUAAGGAUUGGAUGAGACCAAUUGUGGUAUGUGGACAUUCAUGUUUGAGACUGGCUAAAAGUCUUUUUUCAUUUUGGGGGGUGUACUUUUAUGCUAACUUUAUCAAUCAAAAUGCAACAGUUGAGUCUUUUAACUGUUCAUCAAUACUUUGUGAAGAUUCUUCUCCCUACUAUCAUUGAUGUUUUUCAGGAUUUCUUAAGUUAUUUGGUAGUUUGAAUGAAAUAGUGGUAGUCUGUAAGCUCUAAUUGUUGCUUCCACCACAUUGCCAAUGCAGUAUGGCAUACUUUUUAUUCUGGAGUUCUUGUAAUUAAUAUAUUAGAUGUUAUCUACCAUAUUUUUCCAUGUAUAAGACUAGGUUUUUUUCCUAAAAAAUAAUGUCAAAAAUUAGGGGGCAUCUUAUACAUGGAUACAUCUCCCCCCCAUUUUAUUAAAUCUGAGUCCCCCAAAAUAGGGGGCAUCUUAUACAUGGGGGUGUCUUAUAGAUGGAAAAAUACAGUAUAUUUUACAGCAAUAUUAAGUUGACUAGCAGCCUUCUGUCCAUCAUUGCUCGGGAAUUCUAAGAAACAGAAAAGCCACUGCAGUGAAAUUGGUGGUUAAAAUCAGUUCAGUGUUGAACAGUUCAGUCCACUAUCUUGAUUCAAAAUAGCAUCCAAUUAUAUCCAAACAUAGAUGAAAACCUGAACCUUGAUAUCAGGAACCAAAUUGUUUAACAGAUGCAUAAUUCUUUGAAUGUGUAAAUAAAAGUUGUUUCUGUGAAUUAAAUCACUUUUUGAAAUAUCACCUAUUUUUAGAUAUCCCUAUUUGUGGGUGUGCUGUCAUUCAGCAUAGCAGUUGCCAACAAGGUUGAGAUUGGCCUGGACCAGAGCCUGUCAAUGCCAGAUGUAAGUGACUUUUGCUUCUUCUUUUUCCUUUGGAAAAACACCUGCAAACAACAUACUACUCUUGUCUUACCAUAUAUAGGGUAGAGAGAAGCAUUAUAGGUAGCUUCCUAUUUUUCUCAUUCCCUCUCCCCUUUUUUGUAUAAGGACUCGUACAUGUUGGAUUACUUCAGCUCUCUCAGCAAAUACCUGCAUGCAGGUCCUCCAGUAUACUUUGUGCUAAAAGAAGGACAUGACUAUACUACUUUGGAUGGGCAAAAUAUGGUGUGUGGUGGAACAGGAUGUGACAACAACUCCCUCGUUCAAGAAAUAUUUGAUGCAGCAGAGAUUAACAGUUAGUAAGUGUUUACGUUUUUCCUCAUAAAGUCUGUUCAGCAAAUAAACUGACCCAGACACUGCAAUCAUAAUCUGAGGCCCUUCUUCAUGUGCCCCUUUGGCGAGAGGUCCAGAGAGUGACAACUUGAGAAUGACCCUUUUCUGCAGUGGCUCCCUGCUUGCGGAAUGCUCUCUCCAAGGAGGCUUGUCUGGCUCCUUCAUUACAUAUCUUUGGGCAACAGGCAGAAGCAUUCUUCUUCUCCAGACUUUUGGCCAAUUUCAUAAGGAUGAAAGCCACUUUUCUGUUAAACCCUCAAAAUGAUUUACAAGCAAAUUAAGUAUAUUUUAUGGUAUGGCAUUUUGUUGUAAAGUACUCAUCCUUAUUUUUUUUUUUAAGUCAUAGAUUUUCCAAUGGCAGUUUAAGUUACAUGAGUUGAACUUUGAAAUUCUGAACACUUCUACUUGUAGUCUAGGAAAACAAUUGCUAAUCCUCCAGACAAACUAGACUGUUGUGUAUACUUAACAUUUAGUAGGAGAAAUGUCCUGUUUUGAAAGUUCAUUAAUAAUGUUUGGGUAAAGGUGGCUUGUUUUUCAUAUUUUAGCACAAAAAUUGGCUAUGCUCCUUCUUCGUGGAUUGAUGACUACUUUGAUUGGGUCAAACCACAGUCAACUUGUUGCAGAAUCUACAACACCACUGGGCAGUUCUGCAAUGCUUCAGGUACUGUUUGUUGCCUUUGUACACUCCCUUAAACACGUCUUGCUCAGAAUUCUCCGGUUGGGAUGUGUGGAAUUCUUAGCAUGCUUUGAUGCCAGCCAUGCCUACCUACUCCAGCUUGCAUAUUUUACAUAGGGGCAGGAUGUAGAGUAUGCUUUUAAAUUCCUACAUAUUGACAAAUACAGCUAAUAGUUUAGUGCUGAUAACACAUAUUGUACGUUAAGAACUGGCCUGAUUCAUAUCAGCAUCAUGGAGGCAAGUCCCCAUUCUUGCUUCCAACACUUCAUAAUGUUUACACACAGCUGAGUAAUGUGUUGUGUGGUGUAGCAGCAACUGCUACUGCUACACAGGGAACUGCUUCCUAUAGAGCUUGCCAUGUGAAGCACUUCUGUUUUAAAUUUAGGAAAGUAGACUUCUUAGCUUUGUCCCAUCUUCAUUUGGGUUGGAUUAUAGACAUAGCUACAUCUGAAUAGAAUCCAAUGGCAGUUGCUGCUAAAAAAUGGUUACAUAUGAAGAUCCUGCUGGGUCAGGCCAGUUGCCCAUCUAGUUCAACAUCCUGUUUUGAUAGUAGCCAACUAGUUGCUCAUGGGAAGCCUGCAAGCAGCAGGCCUGAAUGCAAAAGUGUUCUUCUCUCCCAUUGUUUUCAGCCACUGGUACCCAAAAUCAUACUCCCUUCAACUACAGAGGCAGAACCUAGCCAUCAUAGCUAGCAGCUACUGGUAGCCUGAUCAUUGCAUGAAUUUGUCUAAUCUUUUAUAGUUGUCCAAGUUGGUGGCCAUCACUGCUUGCCAUGGGAGCAAAUUCCAUAGUUGAACUAUGCACUGUGUGAAGAAGUACUUUCUUUAGUCUGACCCAAAUCUUCCAACAUUUCAUACAUAGUUCAGCUGGGGUGUUCCUCUAAUUGAGUAACUGCUUGGGUGUCUUUUGCACAAAAAUAUGGGACUCUUCAGCUAAGAUCUUGGUUCUUUGAUGAAACUGCUUUAUUGUGAAGCAGGGUUUUUUUUGUGUGUGUGUGUGUGUGUGUGUGUGUAGCCAAUUAACAUACAUUUUCCAACAAUGUUUAUGCAGUUGUGGAUCCAUCCUGUGUGCGUUGCCGGCCACUGACUCCAGAAGGGAAGAAGAGACCUCAGGGUGAAGACUUCAUGAAAUUCCUGCCCAUGUUCCUCUCUGAUAACCCUAAUCCAAAAUGUGGCAAAGGGUAUGUGUCAACAGGGGAGCAUUUAGAGGGGACAUAUUUUCCUUCAAAGUAAAACUUAUUCUGACAAACACUGUAGUCAUAAAGUAUAAGAGACGCAGACCACCAGUGGUAAAUGAGGCAUUUGUGCUGCAUCUGAUGGGAUCAGGCAGUGUGAGGUGAUGAAAUCAGGGCAGCUCUGGGCUGGCGAUGGUUUUGUCCCACAGAUGUGUGCACAGCUUUGCAAAGUCUGUCUUAACCUGGAGCUUCCCUGUCCUCCCUGCCACAUCCCAGAAAAUGCUGUGCUGCUACUUUCCAUACGUACCCCUGCUGUUGCUGUGCAAUACCAAUCUAAGUGUCUGGCCUUCAUUCUGACAGCCCAGAACAUUGCCUUCUGUUGUUUCACAUAUCUAUCAUUGCAGUCCUUGAAUAAAGCAUCACAAAGCUGGAUCCUGCAUUCAUUUUGCAGAAUUACAUAUUUGGGCACAAUUGUGAUGGGUGUUCGGUUGGAUCCAUAGAUUCUCUCCUUUCACACACCCUUCCAUCAGAGAGGAGCUUUUUUGUGUGUGGAUCCAACUCAUAGGGUGCUGGUUUCUUUGGCUAGAAGUCAGAUAGUGGUAGUCCAGGGCCUACUGAGGAAGAUGACAACACAGUAUCGGGGGUGAAGCGAAUGACUGUCUUCCACCAUUUUACAUUUGCUCUGUGCCUGUUCUUCCAUUUGCCUUCCUUCUUGACAGAUGAGAAUGAUGUCAGUUGAAGGACACUGGCCGCCUGCCUUGGCAAAAUACUGUGUUCCCUUAUCUCUCUAGAUUAGCAAAUUGUUACACAAUCGUAGAGCACUGUGCCCAGGAGUGUCCUAACAGCAUUGUAGAAGCUAGUUGUCUCUUGGAUGCCUUAGCUAAUUUUAACUGAAGGAACCUAAUAAUCAUUCCAUUGAUAUGUGUGCUAACUGUACUUUUCUUUACAGAGGACAUGCAGCAUAUAGCUCUGCAGUUAACUUUAUAAACAACUCUGAAGUUGGAGCUACCUACUUCAUGACUUACCAUACAGUGUUGAAAACCUCUGCAGACUUCAUUGAUGCAAUGAAGAAAGCACGUGUGAUAGCAUACAACAUUACUAAAUCCAUGAGCACUGAAGAAAAGAGCUAUCACGUAUUCCCCUACAGGUACGUGGCUCUUUCUCCACCUCUGUUCCCCCCUCCCCCUACCAAAUACUUACACAUUCAAAGUGUUACAGGGUGUUUUUUUCUUUGACUUACCUAUAUACCAGCUUUUAACAGCAAGAAGUUCCCAUGGCAGCUCAUGGAUAUUAAAACAGGAAAACAAAUGGAACUGUUAUACACUAUUAAUUUCUGAAGACCUGGUGCAAUGAAGUUCCAUCAUGUCUCCAAAAAGAGACCAAAGAGGAACAUAACAAACCUGUCAAGGGCCUACACACCAGAAAUCUAGACACACAGCUGUGUUUCUAGUAGAAACUAAUUUGGGGCAGUGUUUGGAUAGUGCCUAAUCAGCCGACUUAAAAACUUUGAGGGAUUUGCAUGGGAAAGCGUGCUCCCCAGGAGUCCAUGUUUAGGCUAUAUGGGGGGGGGGGCAGCACUUUUAACAGAAUGUGGAAGCAAAUGUGGAAUGUAAUAUUCUGCAAUUGGUGAGAUUUGUUUUUGCCAACCUACACAAAUGGGGUAUUUUGUACUAGUUGAGGCUUCCAGACAGUGUGUUUAAAAUCAGUACAAUGUGGUGUGUGUUAAAUAAGCCCAAUCUUGGGUGAAAAAUACACAUUCUGGUGGGUUGAAUGUUGUUACUGAACCAUGGGGUGAUGAUGUUGAUUGGACAUAAAACUGUGAAUAUCAAAAUGCCAUUGCACAAAUUUCAGAGCCAUAGUUUUUAAGAACAACAGUUUACACCCUGUAAUAUAACAAGGGUUACUGAAUCGUCCUCAAACUUUCCUUUCCGUUGAUGGAAUGCUGACGGCCUGGUGGGUUUAGCUCCCCCUAGUGUUCAAAGGCAAGAAUGCACAUGCCUCUCAGGAAUUUUUACCCAGCCCUUUCAAGGACACAACCUAGGUUACAUUCCUCCCAAGUUGCUUGCAGCAGUAGCUUAGCAAUUCUUUCAGUGUUCCUGCUUUUUCAAGCUUUCACAUUUUUUCUUGAUAUUUAGUUUGAGUUUUUGGAAAUAAUUGGGAAAUUACUUUGCAUAAUUUCCUUUAAUGGCGAAAACACUAUAAAUAAUUGGUUACUCUCUGAAUGAAUGAAUGAAUGGAUUUAUUACAGUCACAGACCAGAAAUAUAGACAUAUAGUGAUAGAGAACAUACAUAGGUUAAAAUUAAACUCUAUAAGCGAGAGCAUGACUACUCUCUGCAUCCUGGCUUUUUAAAAUGUCUAGAUUAAUCCUAUUUCCUCUGCCAAACUUUUUGAAAAAUCUGAAAGUGGCAUUCUCUUUUGAGAACGAGACGAAAUUAAUAAUUUAGAAUUAAGAUAGCAAAGUAGCCAAGCAUUCAAAAGACUUAUUCUGUUAAUCUGUUACCAAUGUGAACAUUUUCUGUUUUCUUUAUAUAGUGUGUUCUAUGUUUUCUACGAACAAUAUCUCACUAUUGUAAAAGACACCGUCUUUAACCUCAGUAUUUCCCUUGGAUCAAUAUUCUUAGUAACAAUGGUGCUGCUUGGUUUUGAAGUGUGGGCUGCCAUUGUUGUUACCCUUACCAUUGCUAUGAUCCUGGUCAACAUGUUUGGAGUCAUGUGGCUCUGGGGCAUCAGCCUGAAUGCAGUUUCAUUGGUUAAUCUUGUCAUGGUAAGUUCACCCUCAUCUUUUUUUUAUCUGCUCUCUCAACUUUUGGCGUCAACGGCAAAUGCUAUGUGCCGUUAGCCGAUGUGGUGCCCUUCAGAUGUUGCUGAAAUAGUACUACCUUCCUCCCUGACAAUUGGCCAGGCUAGCUGGAGCUGAUGGGAGUUGGGAGUCCAGCAACAUCUGGACGGGGAAGCAUGUUGACCAAAAAUCUGGUUCAGAAUACUGUAAAUCCACUGUAAUAUGUUACGUAGGCAAAUUUAAUAUCAUAGAACGGUAGAGUUGGAAGGUACACCAAGGGUCAUCUAGUCCAACCUCCUGCAAUGCAGGAAUAACAGCCUGGAUACCAACUUGUAAAACAAGGGCUCUUGGUCCACCCCACUGGAAAAUGUUGCAGUGUACCCUUUAGUGUAUGUUAUCAGAUCCUUUGGCUAAGGGGUUUAGAAAACAGAAGUUGGCAUCAAAUCCAAGGGUCCCUGUUCUUACUUUGUUCUCUCCCCUCCUCCCAAAAACUUUCUUGCAAAAUAACACGAACUCGUCUCUUUUCAACUUUGGAAGGGCUGAAUGACACUGAAGCCUAAUCCCAGCUGCAUUGUUUUCUCUGCUGUGUCUUCCUUCCUCAGUCCUCUUUUGUUUUCAGAGUAGAAAGAACAUGAAGAAUAUAAGGUGCUCCCAUUCCACUCUCUCCUCUUUUCCUUCUCUCAGCUAGCCUCACCUGCCAGCUGAUUAAAGCAUCCUGGGGCUGCUCAGGCCCUACACUCAUCAGUAGGCCAGAGAGUAAGAAAUACUUUAGCACAGACAUGGCUCUCUAGCCUAAAUACAUUGUCAUUUUCCAUGUCAAGAGAACUACUUCUAGCUCAGGAGGCUUUUUUACUCAAGGGCUGAAUGUUCUCUUACGUGACAACUUCCAUAUACUAGUGACAGGCAAUUUAUUUCAGACAUUUAUAUACCACUUAAUAUUCAGAACUUCUAAGUGGUAUACAGAAAACAUUUUUUUUAACCAUGCAAUGAAUAAGAACAAUUUAAAAUGAAUCGUAAGACAUUAAAAAUGAGUCCAGGAAAGGUGCAGAGCUGAUAUAAAGGGUGUAGCCUAUGGAUAAUGCUAAAAGUUGGAUAAAGAGGCCUGGAGGACCAUAUUAGGCCUUUGACCCCAAGGUUCCCCAUUCCGGCUGGAAGUAAAGGUACAUAAGUGUAGGAAACUUCCUUUUAAAAAAAAAUCAAACCCAGAAUGUUGAAAAUGGAGUAUUCUGUGGCAGUAAGCUGCUUAACCUAUGCUGUCUUCUUUCCAGAGUUGUGGUAUCUCUGUUGAAUUCUGUAGCCAUGUGACAAGAGCAUUCACUGUUAGUACAAAAGCAACCAGAGCAGAGCGCGCUGAAGAAGCAUUAUCCCACAUGGGCAGCUCUGUAAGUAUUUUGUUUUGAAAACUAUUCUGUCGUGGCACUAGAAACCACUUAAGGAUAUGCUCCUAUCUCCAGUGUUCAAAACUCCCAUUGUUCUAGGUGCAUUUUGUGACAGGAAUUUCAUUAGCACAAGUGGUUUCUGAGAUCUGGCCUAAGGUUUCAAAUUAAAACUGCAGAGUGGAAGGAAAGGACCUUUUUCUGCCUCCCCAUUUCCAGCUACUCUCUGAAGACUGGAUAUUAGGGGAAUAUCCUUAAGGAUUAGCAGUGGGAAAACUAGACCAUGUGAAAAAUGAACAUAAUAUUUUAGCAGCAGUUCAUUCAUUUUCAGUGUUGUAUUCUUAUUAUUUUAAAAAGCACACCUAGACAUUGUUGUUGCACCCAUAACCUAAGCUUAAGGUGCCAUUUAGCUCCUAGCUUUCAUAUCUGUUUCUAACACUGCCUAUCUCCCUCUCAAGGAGGCCUGAUAGCUGGUACAGAGCAUAGCCUGUAGUGACAUACUUACUGAGAGUGCAAGAUAAAGUUAAUUAGAAUAAAAACAAUGCUUUAUAAAUGACAGUAGCAAUUUCCUGUUGUGUUUCAAUUAAUGCAUUGUAUAAAACUAAACACUGUUUCCCCCUUUGUCAGGUUUUCAGUGGCAUUACUCUCACAAAAUUUGGAGGAAUAGUAGUGCUUGCCUUUUCCAAAUCCCAGAUUUUCCAGAUCUUCUACUUCAGGAUGUAUCUAGCCAUGGUACUACUUGGAGCAACCCAUGGUCUAAUAUUUCUUCCCGUCCUACUUAGUUAUAUAGGUAAGAUCUUGCUCAAUAUGUACAAGUUGACCUGGAAUUUUAACUCUUGAGGGUGCAUAAGGGUUGCAGCUUGAGCUUCAUUCUGUAUUAAUGUGAUGUCUUGAAUUGGUUUGUUUAUGCUCAUAGUGUGUAGGAUAUGACUCCACAGCAUGAAGGCAGGAGUCAAAACUGGUGGGGUAAAUGCAGAAGUCUCUGCCUGCAAGGACAGCUCUCAUCCCAUCUGAGAACACCUUCACUCAAAGGAAAAUAAUUAUUUCAAGCGAACUGAUUUUGGGAUACUACUUCUGUCUCUGCAGAACCAACCACUAUCAAACUGGUAACUUUUUCCUUUUUCUUCACAGGACCCUCAGUAAAUAAAGCUAAAGCACGUGCAGCACAAGAGAGAAACAAAGGUACAGAGAGAGAGAGACUCUUAUUCUUCUAGCCAUUUUAAACAAAGUGGUCAGUGGACUCGUUGAAUUCUACCUGAAGCCCUUUUCACCAUAAGUUUCAGCAAGUUUCUAUGACUACUGUCGCACAACUACAAACCACUAUUACUGGACAGAUUAGAGAUCUACCCAAGUAGAUGACCAGUAGUUCUGAACAACUUGGACUCAGGAAGUACUGCAUAUUUCAGUUACAGUGUUACUAAAAUUGGAAGGAUCAUAAAUUAUUAUUAUUAUUUAAUACAUUCUAGUUUUUAUUCUUGUGAAAGUGUUUCACACAAUGAAAUUGCGUUCCUGAUGAAAUCUAAAGUGACAUGUAUGAGAAUAGAUUGCUGACCCACUGACACUACUUUUUAAAUGCAGGUCAAUGCAAUUUGUGGCUCUAUUUUUAGGAGAGACAAAUGAGCCAUUAGUGGAAAAAUAAUAUUUUAAUAAUUUGCCAAAGGGUCUGUGUGUAUAUAUACUUUAUUAUAAAAUAGGAUUUUUUGUAGGUCAAAAGUAUCAGUACAUAAAAUGCAAUAAAUUAAGUUUAUACAUUUUGUAUAGCUUUUCUACUUCAGAAAGCAGUAGGCUUCAUUAGCGCUUGGUCUCCAAAAACCUGCUUAAAAAACACAACAUGCUCUUCACAGUGCUCUCCUGUAAAACAGACAAAAAAGACUGUGGAAUUAAAUCUGAAAUACCUUCCAGUACUUUAUUUAAUUUGAAUGCAGUUCCUGAGGAUUUCUAGACUGAUCACACUACCUGUCAGACAGGACCACUGGUCCAGCUCAAUAACAUGUAGUACAUCCAAAAAAAAUAUGCACUGAAACCUUGUACCAAGAGUUGAUGAACUGGAAGUAGUUUAAGUAAUAUGUACUGCUGUUGUAUGCUAAGUUACUACUAUGACAAAACUGGAUUCGCAGCACAAUCAAAAUAACAUGCCACUUCAGCCAGAACUAGAAUAGUUUCUCUACCCUCCUCUUGUCCAAACUUCAGCACUUGUCCAUGAGACUUUCUUGGCAAUAUCAGUCACAAUAUGAAAUUACAAGGCUUAUGGGAAUCUGAUAGUCUGAAUGUAUUGCCGCAAACACUGGGACAUACCUAAUCAAAUUGAGGGGAAGGAUGCAUGUCUAUGUUCUUUAUCACUGUUAUGCUUAAACCCUGCUACUAAGAAAUCCACACCAUGGUAUACACGAAAGAAGGCCUUUCAUGAUUUGAGUGUGGAGGACUUUCAAGGUAAAAACGGUGAUAUAUGCAUGCAUCUAGGCACCUAUACUCUUCCCUGGCCAAGGGAAGUAUUCAAUUAAGUCAUAUUCAGAGUACCUCCAUUAAAAUAAAGAAACAAGUUAGCCACAAUUAAAUCAAAUGGGGUUGAUGUUGAGUAUAAUGUAAUCAGAUGCCAAACAGCUACAGCGAAAUAAGUCCUCCUUCCACUUGCACUCUUAUGAAGUGGUGGGUGUCACUUUUGUCACUCUGACUAAAAGUGAAUCCCUAAAACCCAAAACAUAUAUAGCAGCAGGCUCCCCACAACCACUACCCAUCUAUUAAAUGGUCUUUACUACAGUUGUCAUUUUCCACAUUCUACAAGAAUCUGUCAAAUCAGUAUUCAAAAUGUAGACACAGUGCCUUUAAUUGCAGAAAUGAUAUUUUAAGAGCAAAACAGUACAGUUUGUGGUGGGUUAUCUUUAUUUGAACUCUGUAAAUCAGUGCUUUAAACUUCUUAAAAAGCUAGUGUGUUCUAAAAAUGUAUGGUCUAGAGAGCUUACGGAGGGGCAGGGGCAACUUACCACAGGUUGUGUAUUAAUACCUCAACUGUUCAGUUAUCUUAAUAAACUUGUACGAAUAUUCACUAAAAUGUGGCCAAGCUCCAUUUAAAUGGCUUAGCCAAGUCCCUAAAUUCACUCUAUAAACCACAGCGGUUUUUCCAAUUUUCCCUUAAGCGGGCUCACUGAAAAUAUUUACCAGUAAAGCAGAUUUGGAACCAACAUUGGUUGUAAGUGGCCAAAAGUACAAGAACAGAUUGCUGAACCUUGAGUCUAUCCCAGCUUACUAAGAUUUACAAGACACAAUCUUGUUUAAUAAACUUUUCUAUAAAAAGAUAAAGGCUGGCUGGGAUUAUCUUGACACACUUCCCUCCCCACUUUGCAAAUGGACACUUUACCUGGAGUGAAGCUAGGGUUUCCACGCAAUCGCUGAUUUCUCUGCUCAAAGAACCUGAAUAUGGUAUAGAAUAGCAUCUCAUCUUCCGUCUGCUUUGCUGCAUCAAGAAACUUUCGAGCAGAAAUACUAUCAUGGCCUCCAAUACCUCUGAUGAAUCUCAAGGCAGCCAGUACCUGAUGUUUAGACAACAAAACUUCCACUAUUUCAUCAUUUGCAGUAGAAAGUCUCUGAAAGCAAAGUGACUACAAUUAGUGCCUGCUGAACUAAUGAAAACCCUAAAUCCAACACACAAGGGGAAUGAUCUUGCCAUUUAUUAUGGUGGACAAUGAAAUGUUCAGAUUGGGCUGUUCCUCUUGCAAGACACUCAGGCAGGAGCAAAGAAUUGUGGGAGGUAGACCCAUUUCUCCUCAGUUUUUUUCCCUCCUGCCUAGGACUGAGCAGUUUGGCUCUCCCAGCUCUCAAUGUUUUGUUGACUGCGAGUCAGCUGAGUCCUCUUUAACUACUUUCUUUGUUAUUAUUAGUUACUUAGUAAUCUUCCUCUUCCUUAGUUGUUUAUUGGCAACUUUGCCUGUCUUUGUUACUGUUUGGUGUCAGUCCUUUUAUGUGUCCUCUGCUGAGGUAAAAAGAAAAAAGCACCAUUGUCUCCCUGCUAAACAUGUUUCCCUAUUCUAGGUUCAGUGUUUUACUUCUAUUUUUUCAUUAAUUUCUUAAUUUCGAUCUCUUUUCCUUGUUGCUGGCUGUUGCCAGCGGUUGAGUUGCCUUUUCCUUCAACUUUUUUGCGUCACAGGCUGCCUCCUGCAGUGACUGUGCGCUGUUUCCCUACCAGCCACUCUGCGCCUUACUCUCAGCGUCCUUUUGGACCCUUUAUUCAGCGCAUCAGCUUUUCUUCAAGAAUCGCUGCUUCUGCAAAGAAAGGGAGGGACAAAGAAAAUAAGCUUCCAACUCCUUUUUCUCCUGUCUGCUGCAGCGGCGCAAAGGGCUGUUGCGACAUGUUUUGCCUGCAAUAAUAACGGAAUCAGCAGUCUGCUUCAGUGCCUCAAUUUCCUCCCACUAAAUUUUGAUGGCAUCCUUAUGAGUCUCUGCAAGGCUUGGGUGCCUCUCCACAUAAAAAAGUGAAACAAAAGUUGAAGCAGCUAAACCUAGCAGGGUCCUCUAAUACUUUUCACAGUCACUCAAAUCACUCUUUCUGUGUUAAGGGCCAUCAUUCCCCCCUCCCCCCGUGUUGUUGGUAAGGUCUACCGCCUGUAAACAAACCUCCUUCAGAGCAAUCCAUGACUCAGCCACCCAGCCCUGGCUCAGUUAUCUAGUGAGGUUUUACUGCCACCUGCUGGCAAUAUAAAUGACAUAGCCAUGUCCUGUGAUUCUGAGCCUGAAUUUCAGGGUUUUGCUGAUGCCCAAUUAGGGUCUAAUGAGCAAAGUUCAUUUUCACCAAUGGGUCACGGUUUAUCAGAAGUUUUGAAUGUGAACUUGCCUGCUUCUUUUGAAGGAUGCCCUUCUUGCCUCCUUAUCGCUGGCCAAACACUUCUGUAUUUUCCACAAAGACAAGGUUGUGCUUCGCACUGAUCCCACUUUUGUACCAAAAGUACCUUCAAGAUUUCAUAUUCAACAGGAGUUGGUGCUUCAAACGUUUUGUCCUAAUCCGCAGCAUCCAUAAGAAAAGGCUUGGGCAUUCUUUGGAUGUGCGGCGGGCUUUGAAGAUCCAUCGUACAAAAGAACAUUAGAACUACAGGUGUCUUGUUUGUGUCUUUUCAUACUUCAUCUCUGGGAAAUAAAGUUUCUUCUGCCACAUUAUCCAGAUGGCGGCGUGCUUGCAUACUGUCAGCUUAUGAGUCUCUUAAGUUACCUUCUCCAUCACGUAUAUUUCCACGCUCUACCAGUUCAGCCUCUAUGUCGGCGGUCUUUGCUGCCAAUGCUUCCCUGCUGGAUAUCUGUAAAGUAGCUACUUUGCAUUGGCCAAUACUUUCACUAGGCAUUACAGGCUAGAUCUUUUAGCCUCAAGUGAUGCAGCCUUUGGCUGCACAGUUCUUCAUCAGGUUCUAUAGUUAGCUCAACUGCAGUUGGGUCCCGCCCAGUUGGGAAUUGCUGUGGUAUGUCCCAAUCCAAACACUUCAUCGUCCACCAUAAUAAAUAGGAUGACUGGUCUUACCUGAAUAGCAGAUGUAUUAGGUGGACAAUGAAGUAUUCAGAACCAUCCCUAUGUGGGUCUGCAGCGGAAUCAUUUUCAUGAGCAGGGUUUAUUACUGUAUUCAUUAUAUGACAUUAUAAUUUAUUAUAUGCCUGAGUUUUAUCAUGGGGGGUUUGUUUUCUUGACAUGCAGGUUUCCCCCCCAUGCUGCUGCACAUUACUUUCUUUACUUUCGUUCCUGUUCACGUGUUAGGCAGGGGGAGGUAGGCCUUGUGUUUAAUUUAGUUUUAGAUUUUUGUCGUGAUGCUCCUGCUUGGCAAGUCGGAAAAACUGAGGGGAAAUGGUCUACCUCCCACAAUUCUCUGAGUCUCAUGCAAAAGGAACAGCCCAAUCUGAAUACUUCAUCAUCCACCUAAUAAAUCUACUGUUCAGGUAAGACAAAUCAUCCUUUCUGUACUCUGGACAUAAAGAUUAUAUCUUUACAUUACUUACAACCUCUGAUCAUUUAUACUUGUUUAUGAUUACUUGUUGGUAUAUAAGCAGACAAGGAAAUCACAAGUUUUCUCUGUGUACUUACCUUUAACAUAUCCAGGGAGAGCUGAUGUGCUGGAGGGUAAAUGCUCUCUAAUGACAGUAACAAGCAGGCCUGAAACAUGAAGUUCAACAGUGUCUCAAUACUUCACAAUUAUGUGUUAAACCUAAAAGUAGCAUGGUUGAAAAUAGUGUGAGCCAGAGUCCAGAUUCCUGCUAUGAAGAUACACCUACAAAGUCUGGUGAAAGGGCAGCAUAGAAUUAACCAAGAAGCAAUGAAAGCCGUAUGGUGAAGGACAAAAGAAACUAACUUACCAGAGGUUUUGAAUCACUGAGAACAUGAUAUUGCAGGAACUGGUGAAGCAUAUAGAAUAGGUUGUGCUGAACAAGGGUUUUGAUAACGAGUUCAUAUAGAUAAUGCUAAGGAGGCAAGGAAAAAGACUGCUUAAACCAGUAGUAACUAGGCAAGUAUUUAACUACUACCUUAUCACCUUAGUUCUAGGGCGUGAAACACAAGAAAAGUUAACUGAAAAAGGGCACAUAGACUUAUACAUGCAGGGUGUUGUUUUUUAAAAAAAAUACUAUAAUUUUCUGAAUUCAAUACUAGAACUUAGUAGAACUAAAGGCUACUAGUCUGUAUAGCAGAGAUGGGGAACCCGUGGCCUUCCAGAUGCAAAUGCCCAUCAUCCCUGGCCAUGCUGAUGGGACUCUGAGUCCAAUCACAUGACGAGGGCCACAGGUUCCCCUUGCCCUGCUCUGAACUCUUCAGAUAGGUUAGUAAGCUCUUUGGCUGCAGCUCAUCAUACUUCAACCUCUUGGCCAGCUGGCCAGUGAGAAGAAGGCAGCAGGAACAGACAUGAAGUCUGAAAAGAGCAAAGUUGGCCCCUUCUCUGCUUCUGGAUUUUUCUUCAACUUGAGCGAAAUUCUUUUCAACGCCAUACUUUCUCUGUUGGGAAGGGGUUUACUGGGUGUAAGAAUACUCAAACAGAUUUUUCUUUUUUCUUUUCUGGAGGUUGAAAGGGAAUUGAGACAUUUUCUCAUGAGCCUGCCCUGUUGAUAGUUCCCUAUAGCAUUUGUGGCCUUUGGAGCAGGAAGACUGGACAAGCAAAUGGAGGUUCAAGUGCCUGGAUGGAAGGAGCUGUAGCUGAAAGCAACUUGAAACUCAAUACUACCUUUAAGACUAAUCCAGCCUACCUAACACUAUUGGGUGAGCAGAGCUCUCCAUAUGAAGGAGGGUAAUGCAGUGUAUGAGAGGUGGUGGCAAACGACUGGACUUUCUCCAACUGUAUGGAUGCAUGUAUCUUCACACGUGAACUAAAAACCUUACACUGAAAGAUGACAACAGAAGGGCUCAAAAUUAGCACACUUACAAAGGCUCAUUUCCAAUCCUGAAUAUUUAAGCAAACACUCCAGAGUUUCAGAAGGAAAAAAAUGUGUACAAUUGUAGCUUUGAUCCCAACACAUCUGUUCAUUACUAGCCCAAACUCUUCACAAUGCUAUUUGUCAUAUUUAUACUUAGUUGAUAUCUAUAAGUUGCUCUGUCACAUCAAAUCGCCUCUAAAACUUCAUAUAUCAUUACAUGCAAACUAAUGCCAACGGUUCUGUAAAAGAAUGUGGAAUGUCUGUUUAAGGAGAAUGAGCACAUUUUAAUUAAUAAAUAAACAGCUUUAAUAUUUCAAAAAUUGGUAACUAGUGUGCAGUCUAAAAAUAGUUAACCAGCAUAGAGAAUCAUAAUCUUAUAUAAGACAUUUUAAGUUUUUACCUGAACAGCUAUCUGGAAUUGGUUGAGUGAGCGAAUAUACUCCAUUAGGACAGCUAUAGUGAACUUGUGAGGUGCUUCCUAAACAGGAAAAGGAGAAUUUACUAAAGGAGAUGCUUCAACUCCAAUAAAGAAUCUGUUUAAAUCAGGAGUCAA